AUGCCUGCCACUACGGCGGACACGCUAUCCCUCGUCAACCGUUCCGUGACGGUUGCCCCAUUAGUCCUUCUCUCUGUCGCAGAUCACUAUGGGAGAACAGCAAAGGGUACUCGGAAACGUGUUGUAGGUGUGCUACUGGGCGAAAACACGGGUGAUAAUGUCCGGGUAUCAAACAGUUUUGCUGUUCCGUUCGAAGAGGAUGAAAAAGAUCCAUCGGUGUGGUUCUUAGACCACAAUUUCGUCGAGUCGAUGAGGGAUAUGUUCAAGAAGAUCAAUGCUCGUGAGAAGCUAGUCGGCUGGUACCACUCAGGCCCUAAGCUGCGCGCUUCAGAUUUGGAGAUCAAUGAGCUUUUCAAGAAAUACACACCCAACCCCUUGCUAGUCAUUGUCGAUGUGCAACCGAAGGAAGUGGGUGUGCCUACAGAUGCUUACUUCGCUGUGGAUGAGAUCAAGGAUGAUGGAACCACAACUUCUCGGACGUUCGUGCACACCCCGUCGAUAAUCGAAGCUGAAGAAGCAGAGGAGAUCGGCGUGGAACAUCUCCUCCGCGACAUCAGAGAUGUUGCAGUCGGCACACUUUCCACUCGUAUCACGUCGCAGCUGCAAUCACUGCAAGGAUUGCAUCUGCGGCUACGCGACAUUGGUCAAUACCUCCAGAAAGUUCUCGACAAGGAACUUCCAGUCAACCAUGCCAUUCUUGGCAAUCUUCAGGAUGUUUUCAACCUCCUUCCCAACCUGUCCACCCCGCCAGCGACCCAGCGAGUCACCGGGCAGGAGCCACAGAUCGAGAACAGUGAAUUAGCACGGGCCAUGAGUAUCAAGACCAACGACCAAUUGAUGGCUAUUUACAUCAGCAGCUUGAUCCGUGCUAUUACGGCCUUCCACGACUUAAUCGAUAACAAGAUCCAGAACCGACAACAGCAAGAGGAGAAUGACUCCAAGCGGGAGCAGGAGAUCAAUGGGACUAAGAGUGACAAGGAUGCCAAGAAGGCUAGCUCGCCAAAUGGCGAGCAGAAGGAGGAGCAGGAUACCUCCGAUAAGAAGGACUAA